AUGAAGCACCAACUUUUGACAGCCAUAAGGGGCACAAGGAAUGAGACUUGGGGAAACAGCCAGGACCCUCCAGAGGAAGCUACUUCAGCAUCCACACUACCCUGCCAUAGGCUAAGCAUUCACCAGAUUUCCUACACUAUCAGAGAGCGUGUUGGCCCUUGGUGGGACAUUGGUUCAUACUGGAACAAAUGGACCAGAGAGAUCCUCAAAGACAUCUCCUUGUAUGUUGAGAGUGGGCAGAUCCUGGCGAUUUUAGGAAGCUCUGGUUCUGGAAAGACUACUUUGCUAGAUGCCAUAUCUGGCAGAUUAAGACACAAAGGUAUCUUCCUUGGAGAGGUGUGUGUGAAUGGGCAGCAGCUGAAAAGAGAGGAAUUUCAAGAUUGUUUCUCCUAUGCCCUACAGAAUGAAACCUUGCUGAGUAACCUCACAGUACGAGAGACACUGUCCUAUACUGCAAAAUUGGCCAUUCGUGAGGGUUCUAAAGACCUCUUCCAAGAAAGGGCUUUGUGUCUCCUGCAGGUGGAGGCAGUAAUGGCGGAAAUGAACCUCAGCCAUAUUGCUAACAGACUGAUUGGGAAACAAGCCUUUGGGGGAAUUUCUAGUGGUGAAAGGCGCCUCAUCUCCAUUGCAGCCCAGCUCCUUCAGGAUCCUAAAGUGAUGCUGUUUGAUGAGCCAACCACAGGGCUGGACUGUAUGACAGCAAAUCAGAUUGUAGUACUGCUUUCUACAUUGGCCCGCAGAAAUCGGAUUGUGAUCCUCACCAUCCAUCAGCCCCGCUCAGAACUGUUCCAGCUGUUUGAUAAAAUUGCUAUCAUGAGCUGUGGAGAGUUGGUUUUCUGUGGGGCACCUAUGGAAAUGAUUGAUUUCUUCAGUGACUGCAACUAUCCUUGUCCGGAACACUCAAACCCAUUUGACUUUUAUAUGGACCUGACAUCAAUAGAUACCCAAAAUAAAGAAUGUGAAAUAGAAACCUACAGGAGGGUGCAGUUGAUUGGAUCUGCCUAUAAAACUUCAGCAAUUUAUCAACAAACUUUGGAGAAUAUUAAAAAAGUAAGACAUAUGCAAGCAUUACCACCAGUUCCUUUCAAAACUAAGGAUUCUCCUGGAACCCUCACCAAACUGGGCAUCCUCUUGAGGAAAAUAAUGAGAAACUCAUUGAGAAAUAAAAUGGCAGUGUCUGUGCGACUCAUUCAGAAUUUCGUCAUGGCUUUGCCCCUGAUGUUUUUUAUCCUUCACCUGAGGAACGAUGCGCUCAAGGGUGCUGUGCAGGACCGAGUGGGCCUUCUUUACACAUGUGUGGCAGGAUUACCCUAUACUGGCAUGCUCAACGGUAUCUCUUACUUUCCUGCUUUACGGGCCGUUAGUGACCAAGCGAGCCAAGAUGGUUUAUAUCAGAAGUGGCAAAUGCUGUUGGCCUACAUCCUGCACAUUCUUCCCUUCAGCAUCCUCAGUGUGGUGAUUUUCAGCAGUGUGAUCUAUUGGUCUGUGGGUAUGCACCCUGAGCCGGCCAGAUUUGGGUAUUUCUCUGCUGCUGUCUUUGUCCCCCAUCUAGCUGGUGAACUUCUAACCCUUGUGCUACUUGGUGUGGUUCAGAAUCCCAAUACAGUCAACAGCGAAAUGGCAUUGCUGAUUGUUGCAGGAGUCCUCACUGGGUCUGGAUUUUUGAGGAAUGUAAAUGAAAUGCCCCUUCCUUUAAGAAUUCUUGGUUACUUUACAUUUCAAAAAUAUGGCUCUGAGAUUCUAAUAGUCAACGAGUUUCACGGGCUGAAUUUCACUUGUGGUGGUUCAAAUGGAUCAGUAGUAGAAAAUCCACUCUGUCUCUUCACUCAAGGAAACAUGUUCAUUGAAAAAACCUGUCCAGGUGCAACAUCGAGAUUCACAACUAACUUUCUCAUUUUAUAUGCAUUUAUCCCUAUUCUUGUCCUUUUAGGAAUAAUUGUGUUCAAAAUAAGAGAUUACCUUAUUAGCAGAUAG